AAACCACCCUAAAUUAAACCUCCCAUCACCAAAAUCACAGCUCUGGCCUCUUCCUCAACCCAAUCUCUUGCUCUUAUCUCUUCGAUCAUCAUUAAUAUAACUUGCUUCGCUACAAAACAGAGAGUAGAUAUAUAAACAUUAAGAUGAGCAGUAGACCAGGAGAUUGGAACUGUAGGUCAUGCCAACACCUCAAUUUCCAGCGGAGGGACUCGUGCCAACGGUGCGGGGAGCCAAGGCCUUCUGCCGGUGGCGGCGGAGACUACUUUGGUGGAAGAGGCAUGAUGAGCUCAUCCUCUUUUGGGUUCAACACAGGCCCUGACGUGAGGCCCGGUGACUGGUACUGCGCCCUAGCCAAAUGCGGUGCCCACAACUUCGCUAGCCGUUCUAGCUGCUUCAAGUGUGGCGCUUCAAAGGACUUCUCCUCCUCUGAUGGUGAUUAUGAAAGCGAUUUAACUUCUCGUAUGAGGGCGUUUGGGUUCAGUGGUGGUAGUGGUAGUGGUGGCGGCGGCGGCAGCUCUGGUCGCUCUGGAUGGAAAUCUGGAGACUGGAUUUGCACCAGGUCUGGCUGCAAUGAGCACAAUUUUGCUAGCAGGAUGGAGUGUUUCAGGUGCAAUGCUCCCAGAGAGUCUGGCAGCAAGUCUUCAUAUUAAAUUAUAUCACAUUCUCCAGUUUUGGUGUAUCAAUGAAUCAUAAUUAAAUUUGAUUCAUCUAAUUUCUAGGUACUGCGGCGCAUGAUUCCGAUGGAUUGAUGAGGAGAAUGGAGGAUAAGAUUAAUUAUACAAGAUGUUCUACAAUAUUCUAAAGAGUGUUUUUUUUUUUUUUUUUUGGCCCUAGUUGAUCUAUAAUUUUGUUCUCUUUAGAUGAAUUUGUUUGAGGAUUUGAAUGAGAUCAUCACCAAUUUAGCAUUCUGUGAGCUUAAUUAAUUUAGUUAUGUGCCGUCAUGUAUUACUAGCUAGUUUUAUAUAUAUGUGAUCUGUUUUUUUACAACCAUUUCUAGUUUAAAUACUACUCUUAAGUGUGCUUAAGAUCUCUA